AUGUCUGAGCAAAUGUCCUCCCCGCGCAUCACCGCCUCCUACCUCGACAACUUUGUCGGCCGCAUCGUCACCAUCGUCGGCACGGUCACGCAGCUGCGAGGCGACCAGGCCACAAUCGACGCUGACGGCGUGGUGACCAUUCUGUUGAACCGCGAAGCUCAUCUCGCCCACGGAAACGCCGCGCAGGUCAUUGGCAAAGUCAACCCGGAUCUGUCCAUCAAGGCCCUCAGCACUCGUGAUGUCGGUCCCGGAGUUGGCCACGGCGUCUCGCCGCUCCGCACCCACGAGCCUCAGCACCAACCGCGCAUCGCCAUGGUCUGGCCCGGCCCCAACCAAAAUCAAACCCAAACCCCCAUUGUUGAAGAAUCAAACUCAGCCGUCCCUUCGCACUCGUCUUCGCAUUCGCCUUCGUCUUCAGUCUUCUUUGAACCGCGCCCCCGUCCGUCUAUUGCUCGUCCUUAUCGCAUUGCGUCUCCUCCUCCUCCUCCUCUUCGCGCCUCUUUACACAGCCCCCCCAGCGGACCAGACUGGAAUCACCACCGCCAGCAACAGUCGUUCGACCUCGACCUCGACCCCUACGAUCCUCCGUUGCCAUCACACCGUGUCUCCGCCGCCGCCUCUCAAUCCACCUCGUCGUUGCCCUCGACGGCUCCCCCUCGCGGCUUCACCACCAUGCCGGGCUCCUUCUACUCCAACCCCGAUUCCCGCUCCAGCUCGCCCUUCUCCGAUGACGAAGACAUGUUCCGCCUCGCUCACGAUACCUCGCCACUGUGGCAGUCCACCAACCGUCACUACUCCCAAUUCUACGCACCAGACAUAUCCCCCUUUCAACCCAUCCCCUCCGCCCAACCUCGUUCCAUCUAUCCUCCCUCGUCGUCUGCCUCCCCCCCUCCAUUCACAAACACGACCUACUCCACACAGGCCGCAGGCUCUCUCCCCUCGCCGCCGAGCUCCCAGCGCGAACGCCCUGCCUCCCCUCUCUCUGUUGCGGAUUCUCUGCCGACCCUCCGCGAGGGUGACUCCCGUCAACUCGCCUCUCCGCCAAUGAGCCCGACACGACGGCCCCAAGCAAGGGGCCGCGGUAGCUACGCGAGGGACUCGGAGGACACUGAUUCCCUGGCGCUCAACGCGGUAGUAGAUGGUAUCGGCAGGAUACAAGUGGACAUGAAUCUGGAUCAGGCGGGAAGAUGGAGAAUCGCACGUCAGAGAGAUGACUCUUCUUGGUAG